AUUCCUGAACUAGUUGUGUGACUUUCCAGAGGAUGCUUCAGUCACUGAAAAGUGUCAGACAGUUGGCCAUGUCAGCAAUGAAACAAUCAGUAUGAGUGUAACUGAGUGUUUUGCAGUGCCGGUGACUGAGUUCAGGAUGCCGGUGCCCUGGGGUGAGAUGAGAGGCCGAGUCUGGGGACCUGAACACGGUCGUCCUGUGCUCUGCAUUCACGGCUGGUCCGACAACAGCGGCUCCUUUAACAAUCUCAUCCCGCUGCUGCCAGCUGAUUGGAGGUGUGUGGCAGUAGAUUUACCUGGUCAUGGCUUGUCCUCUCACAGACCUGCAGGGGUUUUCUACACGUUUCCUACCUAUAUUGCAGACGUUCGACGCGUCAUUGAAGCUCUGCAGUGGAAACGCUUCUCUAUAAUCGGACACAGUAUGGGUGGGAAUAUCAGUGGAAUGUUGUGUGCGCUGUAUCCAGAUAUGGUGGAGGCGUUAGUGCUCCUGGACUCUUAUGGAUUUCUUCCAGUAGAUGUGAAACGAAUGGGCAGGAUUAUGCGCAGAGGGAUUGAGGAAAUGUUGGAGUAUGAAAAGAAAUUGCAGGAGAGAAAAGAAAGGAUCUACACCUAUGAGAAGGCCAAAGAGAGACUGAAAGCAGCGAAUCAGUAUCUCUCAGACAAGUCAGUAGAGAUUCUUCUAGAGCGAGGAGUCCAGGAGGUGGAUGGAGGUGUGGUGUUCACCAGAGACGUCAGAAUAAACCUGACUAACAUCAUUCGUAAUACGUUGGAGCAGUGUCUAGAGAUGCAGUCACAGAUAACCGCUAAAGUGUUAGUGCUGCGAGCGAGUCAUGGUUUAGAGAAGACUUUCCCCCAACCUGAGGAGAUAGCAGUUCCUUUACUAAAGGGCUGGUCAGGAGAAAGAAACACCAUUGUGACAGUGGAAGGAGAUCAUCAUGUGCAUUUGAACAACCCUGAGAGCGUAGCACCCAUCAUCACUGACUUCCUGCUUUCCCAGACGUCUCAACAGAUGGCUAACGAAUCUGGCGUCGAUCAGUCUGCUAAAUUAUAAAACCCUUCAUCCACAGGCAUACUUGUAUGGACUUUUUACAUUUUCAGAGAUGCACAUAAUUACCAUAGCUGGGAUUUAAUGCCAGUAACGGAACUCAUUUUGUUCCUGCUAAUUACUUUAUUAUUUUGUUGUUCUUGUUUUACUGUAACUGAGACAUGAGCGUGUAGGUCCAGGUGGGACAGGGGGGGUAACAGGGAGGUGGUAGAAAUGUAGUUCUAAACUAAUAUAAUUAGUGUAUAAAGGUAUAUUCAGUCAUUUCUGUCCCAUCUGAACUAAUGCUACAUAUUUUAAAACUCAUGAUCCCUUUUUACAGUGUUCCUUCCACACACACACUAGGCCAGUUUUUUCUCACUUUGCCACCAACCUGAGUGACACGUAGUUAGAGAUACCUCAUCUAUCUGAUUGGUUGGACUUUGGUGGUCUGUAUGAUUUAUUGUUUCACACUUUUACAGUCUAUAAGAGCUAAUCAAUUAAUCUGUCAUGGGGACAGUUCAUGAAAUGCGUCCUGGAGCGAUAUGGCUUGCAAUAUGAGUGAUGACAUAACAACAAUAUAGGAGCCCAUAUGUUGUAUUUUUGCAAAAUAAGACACCCAACAAAGCUUCUUUUACAGUUUUUCUCAAUCGAUUUGGUACAUUUCUCCAAACUCAGGUAACAGCUCUCAAAACAGUUAACACAGCAAACUAAACACACUCUUAUGCUGGCGAAACCGUUAAGUAUUCACUGCACAAUGAAACACAGCAUUUUAUUCUAGUAAUGCAUUUAUUAAAAUUCAUUAUUAACAUGAAAACUAAAAGUGUGUUCUCUGUUGAUUUGAUAACAAAUUCAGCUGAAGAUACACAAAGAAAUAAAUGAAAAUACAUGUUUUUUUAUUAAGUUCUUUAAUGAGGAGUUCAGGUGUACGACAAUAAGUUGUCACCCCACACACACAAAAAUAUAUAUAUUAUCCAAAUAAGUACAUAGGUAAAUAAAAAAUAAAGUGAUAAAUGUA